ACGCCCUGCGGAGCCUGCUGGAGGCCCUCACCAGCCCUCCCUACGCCCCGACCCAGCACCUGGAGCGGGAGCAAGCCCUGGCCAAGCAGUUCGCCGAGAUCCUGCACUUCACCCUCAGCUUCGACGAGCUCAAGAUGACCAACCCCGCCAUCCAGAACGACUUCAGCUACUACAGACGGACCAUCAGCCGGAAUCGCAUCAACAACCUGCAGCUGGAUGCAGAGAGCGAGGUGAACAAUGAGAUGGCCAACAGGAUGUCCCUCUUCUACGCCGAGGCCACCCCCAUGCUGAAAACACUCAGCAAUGCCACCACCAAGUUCGUUUCAGAGAACAAGACCCUCCCGAUCGAGGACACCACCGACUGCCUGAGCACCAUGGCCUGUGUGUGCAGGGUGAUGCUGGAGACCCCGGAGUACCGGAGCCGCUUCACCAACACCGAGACCCUGCUCUUCUGCAUGAGGGUGAUGGUCGGCGUCAUCAUCCUCUACGACCACGUCCACCCCGUGGGGGCCUUCGCCAAGACCUCCAAGAUUGAUAUGAAAGGCUGCAUUAAAGUCUUGAAAGACCAACCCUCAACCAGCACCGAGGGGCUGCUGAACGCUCUGAGGUACACCACUCGGCACCUCAACGAUGACACCACGUCCAAACAGAUCCGGGCCCUGCUGCAGUGAGAGCGGGGCGGCCACCGGAGCCGCACGUCACCGUGUCACCGACGCCCAUGACCAUACAGCUCAUUUUGUACAGAGGGAAAAGGGACAACGAGGAACACACAGAAAUAUUCAAAGCAAAUGGAAACGGCCCCGGGCCGCCCUCCCCUGCCACGGGCUCCUGCCCCCACCUUCCCACCCCCGAAUCAGCACCCGCUCCUGGACACGAGGGGCGGGUGGCACCGUGGGGACACCGCGCCGGGGGGGCCGGGGC